AUGGGGGGCUCGGGGAAGGGUGGUAGGUGGCGGCGCGAGGGCGUGAGGGCGGGGGAAUGGGCGGGGCCGGGGGAGUUGAGGGGGGAGGUGAUGGGGGAGCGGCAGAUGGCGGAAGGCGUGGCCUCUCUGGUGGCUGCGAAGGUUGCUGCUAAGGAGGUGGGCGCGGGGGAGGAGGAGUGCGGGGAGUGGGUGAGAAGGGAUGGGAGGGUUGGGGAGAGUGGGGCGUGGGGUUUGGUGAGGGAAGGAGAGAGUGCCGGGGGAGGGGUGGUGGGGAGCGUGGGGGAGGAUGGGGCACCUGCUUCUGAUUCUGCUGCUGCUGUUGCUGCUGCUGCUGCUGCUGCAGCUGCCGCUGUUGUUGGUGGUGACGCGGGUGUGAAGGUGAAGCCAAGAGGGCUGGGGUUAGAGGAGGAGGUGGAGGAGGGUGGCGAUGCAGGGGGCGCGGGUGGUGUGGAUGAAAUGGAUUGCACUGCUGCAUCUGACUCUGCUGCUGCGAAUGAACGCCCUGAGGAGGGACGUGGGCGCACGCACGGGGAGUUGGAGAGAUUGGGGAGCGAGUUACAGAGGGAGUAUACGAGGGAGAUAAAGAGGGUAGGUAGACAGGAGGAGUAG